GAACGAAAGAACAAUCUUCUUGUGCCACUAAGGCGGGAUCAUCUUUAGUGUAGUGGAAAAAACAAGACUGUCCGAUUAUUCAGCGCCUUCUCCCUCGCUGUCUGUGUGGCUCUUUGCCUGAUCCUCUUCUUUGUCGACGACGUGGCCGUGUUGUUUUUCUAGAGCCCAACAUAUCUCCGUGUCUCGAAAGAGUGUUGUUCUCAAUGGUCAAAUCCCUUCCCGAGCACUGGAUUAGGCCUAAUGUGAACUCGACGAGGCUCUCCAAAAACUGAGGUUACUCCAGAUAACAAUAGCUCCGGGCGAAAAGAAGUAGGUGGUAGGUGGCUGGCUCACGCCUCGAUCCGCACCCAAAACCAAUCAUCAGCUGAUCAAUGAGUUGUUGUUCCCUUCUCUGAUGUUCGUCUACGCGUAGUUAUUCCACCCCAACUGGUGAUAAACGGACAGAGAACCUCCUCCGUCAGUUCUUAUCUGGCACACAAGGAAAAUCUUUCCGUUCAACGGUGAUUGGCUCGGCGACUUUCCCUUGGAUCCGCUCUCGUUUCGGAAUGACAAGGAGAAAGCGAGAGUUCCUCUUUGGAAACUGAAAACAUCCGAGGAACAACUUUUCUCCCCGAUGCGAAACAAACAGUUCUUUUGAAAGAGUCGACGGAGUGAGGCGACAGCUGGAGAGCUGGAGAGGUCUCCUCAAGCUCUUGGGAAGCGAGAGAGCUUGAAGAAGAACUGUCCAAGAUGAUGCUCGUGAUGAGAAGAAGCAGCAGCACCGAGAGCAGCUGAGUAUAUAUUCUGGGUGGCCUUCAAAACAACUAAUCCCCUUCCGAUAUCACAACUCUACCACACUCUCAAUACUCAUCACCAAGGCAGUGAAGUUUUUUUGCGGUGUGUUGAUUUGGCUUUGUCUCUCUUCACGUUACCGAAUGAGAGUUCCAUCUUCAAGCUUGGCCCUCUUUUGUGCUACGAGCAUUUGAGUGAUCCCAAUCCAGAUAAAUCGCUCGGAACAUUAAGACCGUUGAUGGUAUUCCAAGUUUUAGUUGACCCAAUCGCCCCAGGGAUAUGGCCAACAAUUCCAUCUACGGAAGCACCAAGGAACUGAUGUCGUCUGAUUCAGUGGAAAAAGGCGAUCCAGCCAUGGGUUCCAACGGACCCCGCGGACCCAAGCCAUUCAUGUUGAAUCGGCAAAAGUCCUGCACUUCGUUCGACAUGAGUGCCAAAAAGAUUGACCAAGUGCUCACUCCCGAGGAGAAACGUUACAUCUUGUUGGUGGAACGAGGAGACACAGCCACCGUAGCCAAAACAAUCGCCACUUAUCAAAACAAGCCCCAGGUCUUCGACAUCAAUUGCAUGGAUCCCUUGGGCCGCUCGGCGCUGUCCAUCGCCAUCAUGAAUGAGAACCCCGAAAUGAUGGAGCUGCUCUUGAAUGAGGGCAUUGCCGUUGCUGAUGCGUUGCUUUUGGCCAUUUCGGAGGAAUAUGUGGAAGGUGUGGAGCUCCUCCUGCAAUACGAGGAGCGGACCCACAGCCCCGGGACACCGUAUUCUUGGGAAGCUGUGGAUCACGUGUCCGCUAAUUACACGCCUGACAUCACCCCGCUCAUUUUGGCUGCCCAUAAGAACAACUAUGAGAUUCUCAAGAUUCUUUUGGAUCGCGGUGCCUCCUUGCCGACUCCUCAUGAUCUGAAAUGUAGCUGUGAUAGCUGUAUUACAGCCUCCCAAGAGGACUCCCUCCGUUUCUCGUUGUCCAGAAUUAACGCCUAUCGUGCUCUUGCCUCUCCCUCCUUGAUAUCACUCACCAGCUCCGAUCCCAUCCUGACUGCCUUCCAAUUGUCCAACGAAUUGAAGAAGCUGAAGAAAAUGGAAUCUCAAUUUUGUGCUCAGUACUCGGAACUUCGGCUUCAAGUUCAGCGAUUUGCCACGGACCUCUUGGAUCAUGCGAGGACCUCCUACGAGUUGGAAAUCAUGCUGAACUACGAUCUCGAUGGAGACGUGUGGGACCCGGGCGAGACCCAAACGCUCCACCGUUUGAAGAUGGCUUUGAAAUGCAAGCAAAAGGCUUUCGUGGCUCAUCCGAGUGUGCAACAACUUUUGGCCACCAUUUGGUAUGAGGGCCUGCCCGGGUGGCGACGGAUGAAUGUCAUUGGACAGACCUUUGAGUUGUUCCGGAUUGGACUGAUGUUUCCGAUUUACUGCUUAGCUUAUAUGGUCGCCCCCAACAGUGAUCGCGGGGCGUUCAUGAAGAACCCUUUUGUCAAAUUCAUUGCUCACUCCGGCUCUUACAUGUGCUUUCUUCUGCUUCUGGCGGCGGCCUCGCAGAGGGUGGAACGACUGACUUUGGCCUUCAUCGGAGAGCAUUUCCAAAUCGACGUGCUAAACAAGAUGGUGGCUGACUGGGACCGCCAUGAACGAGGCUCGCUGCCAUCGCCCAUCGAAUGUAUCAUUAUUCUAUGGGUCUUGGCACUCAUUUGGAAAGAAGUCAAAGAGAUCUACGAGGUUGGCUUGUUGGAGUACUUGUGUGAUCUGUGGAACUUGGCUGAUUGCUUCACCAAUAUGUGCUUUGUAGGAUGGAUUCUUCUUCGCUUGGGUGCGUUCGUUUUGGUCAAACGAGAGGAAAUGAUGGGUAUCAUUCUCUACUCCCGAAGAGAGGAUUGGCAUGCUUACGAUCCCUAUCUGAUCUCAGAGGGUCUCUUCGGGGCCGGCAUGAUAUCAAGUUUCCUUAAACUGAUCCACAUCUUCUCCAUUAAUCCACAUCUUGGGCCACUUCAGAUCUCGUUGGGGCGAAUGGCCGUCGAUAUUGCCAAAUUCCUGGUUCUCGUCCUACUUGUCCUUUUCGCAUUCGGCUGCGGAAUGAAUCAACUCUUGUGGUACUACGCAGAUCUGGAAUAUAACAAAUGCUACAGUCUCCCAGGGGGAUUGCCCGAUGUCAAGAACCAAGGCAACUCAUGCAUCGUUUGGCGAAGAUUUGCCAAUCUAUUUGAGACAUCUCAGUCGCUCUUUUGGGCGACCUUCGGCCUCGUCUCGCUGACUGACUUUGAACUGGCAGGCAUCAAAGAGUUCACUCGAUUCUGGGCCCUCCUCAUGUUUGGCUCCUAUAGCGUGUGCAAUAUCAUCGUCCUCCUCAACAUGCUUAUUGCUAUGAUGUCCAAUUCUUUCCAAAUCAUCUCUGAGCGGUCUGACACCGAGUGGAAAUUCUCCCGUACUAAGCUCUGGAUCAGUUAUUUUGAGACCGGCUCCACGGUUCCACCACCUUUCAACAUCAUACCAACUCCAAAAGCAAUUGGAAGAUUGCUGGGGUGUUGUUCAAAAGAGGAGAAUGUGAGCAACAAGGAAAAGGAAGUGGCAAAUAAACGGUACAACGAUGUCAUGAAAUGCAUCGUGCGACGGUACAUUACAUCAGAGCAGAAGAAAGCGGAAGAUUUUGCGAUCACCGAGGACGACGUCUCCGAGAUAAGACAAGAUAUUAACAAGUUCCGGUACGAAAUGAUUGACAUCUUGAGAAACAACAAGUUUGUCACUCCCGACGUCAACGAGCGAGAUGUGUUCGUGAGUAACAAGCGAGCCAAGCAAACGGAGAGACGGAUUCGAAAAGGCUUCAACAUCUCAACAGUGGACGUAGCAAUAAAGGAAGCCUUCAAUAACAAUCCAAAUGCCAAAGAAAAGGAUUUCUUCAAGGUCAUUGCCAAGGCCAUCGGGAACAAGUCUCAAAAGGACUGGAACACCGAAAUGCAAGGUCAGGCACGCGUGGAUCACAUCGGAUCAUCCAGGACAGUCGCAGAGCGACGCAUGGCCAGCUACAGAAAGACCAUUUUGGCCCGAGGCGGCAGCCAGGACGAUCUAAAUCACAUGACAGCCGAAGAGUUGGUGGAAUUCAAUCCUAAGCUUAGGGAUUAUACGCCUCACACCAGACUGGCCUAUGCUAAAUUCAAGUCAUUAGGAAAACUGUCGAAACUUGUAAAGGAACCAAGGCCAGAGUUAAGCAGACAGAGCUCUCAAGGAUCCACAACGAGUCUAAACGAAGUUUCCAACUCGGGAGGAAGUAAGGCCAAGAAAUUCCAACGUCUUAUGAAGACCACUUCGUCCAUGAGUAUGACUGAAUCGAUCAAGGAAGACGACGAGACCGUAAAGUCCCCGGUCAAACCUGGUGGCAACGAACAUAGAAGCGAGAAACUGGACGACCUGAUCGAGUUGUCGCCCGAAAAUAAGCCGGAUCCAUCUCGGACUCCACAAGAACUAGAUAUCGCUGAACAAGACACCCCCACUGACCAAGACGUCCUAUCCCCCGGCAAAAGAACGCCAAAACAUUCGAAGGAAGUCAUCAGGACCCCCAAGGGAUCCAAACACUCCAGAUCCAUGAAGAAAUCACCCUCCAAUGAGUCCUUUCAAUCAGCGGCGUCCCAAAGAUCUCCCAAGUUGAGCGCUAAUUCGGCCGGGGAUCUUGAACUAAGUCAAAUCGACUCCGGUAACGGGAUUCUUCCAGCUGAGAUUUCCACCCCUCAGCUCAGUCCCCUUCCGCCUCUUCCAGGCAAACGCAAGAAGGCCAAGCCAGCCCCAGCCCCGCCUCCGGCUGGCCGGUCUUCAGCUGUUGACGAUGACGAGUGCUAUCCGAGUGGAGAAGGUGAGAUUCACGCUCCAUCCUUGGCCAUCACUCAGCCUUCGAUGGACCAAGGAGAUGAGGACACCCAAGAAGCCACUGAGCAAGAUGGUGCAGCAGGUAGAGCUGACGAGCCAUCUCCCUUGCCCUCACCCACUCCUAGGAACGGCAAAGGUUUUUCUGUGAUGUCGGGCAAUAUGAAGUCUGGAUGGCUUUAAAUGGUUGAUCGAAAACAAACUGUGAUAUCGGAGAGAAGACUUUGCUGGGGAGAGAGAGAGCAAUCACCUCGACUCACGAUCUUCCUUCUUUUUCUUGAUGUUUGCGUUUCACUUCGAAAUUGCAAGUCUCACUUCAACCAUUGCUGUCCAAAACAGCAAAUUGAUUGCCAGUUUAAAAUGGAUCAAAUCUUAUUUAUUAUACUUACAGAUUGUCAUACGACCAUCAUUAGCUUUCUACUACAUUACUACAUUACACCACAUAUAUGUAACAUAUAUCAUACUGUAUUGUAGUAAACCUGUGCCAAAUUAGUAGUAGUUUGAAAUUACACGAUUGCAAUUGACAUUACGAUUCGCGUUACGUCAGGCUUAUUUCAACUACUUUACCUUCCAAUAAUCAUCAACACACAUAUUUUAUUAUGGGCAUUCCAAAAAAAUCCAAUCAUAUCAUUAUCAUCAUAGUAAGUCGUGCUUUCUUUCCAAAGAUUCAUCCUCGAUAUUGGCCUUGUACUCCCUCAAACUGUACACAGUAAUAUGUCAACCAUGCCAAAGAAAUGUCAGAAAUAAAUUGGAACGAAAACGGA